CUUUGCUUUGGAGUGCCGCAAGAGGGCACAGCAGUGCAAUGGUCCCUUUGGCCGGGCGAGUUGCUCGACAAAUCCCGUCGAAGAAGAAAGAUGCGGAACUAGCAACGCUUCUCGACACCCCAUAAAAUUACGAUUCCAAGAACGAUCAUGUCGGACGAGGAGCAACUCGGCCGAGCGAGAGAGGAGAACAAAGGACAAAGACGACAACUGCGAGUCGAUUGCAAGACGCAAACAGAGCUGGGUAGCGAAGACGUUCGGCAGUUAAUUGGUCAUCAAGAUGAAUCGUUAUGGGGAGGCUCCAGUUUGGAGCAUCAACAGCCCUGCCACAAUAAUGAGGAAACCAAGGAUCCACAGCUCAUCCAUGUUAAAGAAGAGGAGGAGGAGACUGUCGUCAGCAAGUUUCCACUGACUGUUGGUUCUGUGGCGAGUCAACAUAGUGAAGACGAAGCAUCAGAGUGGAGACAGCGUCAUCAUCAGAGUCCAAGUGGAAAUCACCAUGGAGGACCACCACCUCCCAAACUCUUUGGUCCACUGUCACAGAAAGAUAAAUGUGAUACACACCAUGAAGGUGAACAAUCAGGCUGUGAAAAGGAGACCACUGCUAACAAGAAAACUCCUGAAACGCACAGAAGACGUGCUGCUAAACAACAGUUGAAAUGUUCAUUUUGUGAUGAGUGUUUUUCUGAUGAAAAUACUUUAAAACUACACUUGCAGAAACACACAGGAGACAGACCUUAUAACUGUUUAGUUUGUGGUGACACGUUUGUCCGAAAAGGAAAUCUGAAAGUACACAUGAAAAGACACACGGGAGAAAAACCUUUUUGUUGUGCAGUUUGUGGUAAAUGUUUUACUCGAAAGGAAAAUUGGACUGUACACAUGAGAACCCACACGGGAGAAAAACCCUUCAGUUGCCCAUUUUGUGCUAAGACAUUCCUUCUGAAGUCAAAUAUGUUGACACACAUGCGAAUUCACACAGGAGAAAAACCUUUCUCUUGUUCUGUUUGUGACAAAAGCUUCACACAUAAGUCUGAUUUGAAUAGACACAUGAGGACACACACAGGAGAAAAACCCUUUAGUUGUUCAGUUUGUGGUAAAACUUUCCUUCAUAAGUCAAACAUGGUGUCACACAUGAGAACAUACACAGGAGAAAAACCUUUCACUUGCUCUGUUUGUGAUAAAAGCUUUUCUUAUAAGUCUGAUCUGAAUAGACACAUGAGUAUACAUACGGGAGAAAAACCCUUUAGUUGUGCUAUUUGUGAGAAAAGCUUUUCUUCGAAGUCUGAUUUGAACAGACACACCAGGACGCACAUAGGAAAACAUGUUGAAUUGUCAUAGGUAGACUUUUUUUGGUGAUUGUGUCAGUAUCCCCCAAAAAAGUAGAACUAGCAGUAGUAGAAUACAAAGCACGAAGGACACUGGAUAUUCAAUACGUUCACAUUUAUUUCAAUGCAUGGACGUUUUGUAGAAAAUAUAAAUUAGUAUAGUGAAGUUUUCUGUCAUCAUCUUGAUUGUGUAGACUGCAAAAGCACAAAUGUAUUGGAAUUCUACUGUGCUGUAUCGUUUGGUAUAGAAAUUAAAUGUAAUCAUUUAAAUCA